UUGUCCGGGCAAAGACUCUGCAGGAGGGGACGUUAAUGUCGACGUUUAAGUCCGAUUUCAACUCAACAAGUCCGGGGAGAUUUUAACGCUCGGUGUGGAGGAGGCGGAAAGGACAGGAAAAAGCAACUUAGUUGGGUACCGACCGAAGGUCUGCUGCAUAGCUUCCCUGCACCAGCCCUGCAGUACUUUCCCCCGAUGGUACGGCGCGGCGCGGCGGAGAGCCACAAAUCACCCAGAAAAGACGAAAGAAUGAAGACCAGUCUCUGAAUAAUCGCCCGGUGUCCCGCGCAGAUGUGCGCCGAACACGUCCGCAUCGCACGCUAACCCGACCGACAAGUAGCUUUUUCUUUUUUUUACCCCCCCCCGCCCCGUAAAAUCUUUAGGACGUCAUGAGCGCCGAAGGCUAUCAGUACCGAGCUCUUUACGAGUACAAGAAGGAGCGGGAGGAGGACAUUGACUUACACGUGGGGGACAUAUUGCUGGUGAGCAAGGGGACGCUGGCGGCGCUGGGCUACGCCGACGGCCUGGAGCAGAGGCCCGAAGAGAUCGGGUGGCUGCCCGGCUUCAACGAGAGCACCCAGGAGAAGGGCGACUUCCCCGGCACGUACGUGGAGUACAUCGGGAAGAAGUGGAUCUCGCCGCCCACGCCCAAGCCCAGGCCGCUCAGGCCCCUGCCGGUGGCUCCCGGGGCGUUCCGGUCCGAGGCCGACUCCGACUCGGAGCAAGGCUUCUGGCUGCUGGACCUGACGGAGCAGUUUUCCCUCCCAGAGACGGCCCCGCCCCCCUUGGUCCGUCUGCUCCAAGCCAUCGAGAAGAAAGGUCUGGAGAACCCGACCUUGUACAGAACUUUUACGGCGGGCGGCGGCCUCGAGGUCCGACAGUUCUUUGAGUCUGACGCACCCACAGUGGACCUGGAGCAGCUGGACCUCCCCACCCUGUGUGACGGCCUGCGCAGGUUCCUGCAGGACCUUCCCCAGCCCAUCGUCCCGCCCGCUCUGUACGCGCAGAUGGUGCACACGGCCAAAGAGGUGCAGAACCCCGAGGAGUGCGCCCGGCUGCUGCGCCGCGUCACCAGCAGCACCACCCUGCCCCCCCAGUACUGGCUCACCCUGCAGUGUGUGCUCCGACACCUGGCCCACGUCUGCCAGAGCGCCUCCAAGAACCUGCUGAGCGCCAGAGCUGUGGGCGAGAUCUUCAGCCCCGUCUUCUUCAGGCAGCAGAGCACCAGCUGUGAGCCCAGCUUGGACGCUCACGUCAGGAUCAUCGAGGUUCUGGUGGCCAGCGAAUGGACUGAAAGUCAGGCGGCUCCAGCUCUCCCUCCGAAGCCGCCUAAGCCCGCCAUUGCCGCUGCCGCCGCCACCACCACCGUGGGCGCCAACGGUCUGAACAACAGCAUGGCGCUGCAGGACGCCGAGUGGUACUGGGGGGACAUCUCCCGCGAGGAGGUCAACGAGAAGCUGAGGGACACGGCCGACGGGACCUUCCUGGUGCGGGACGCCUCCACCAAGAUGCACGGCGACUACACCCUGACGCUGAGGAAAGGCGGCAACAACAAGCUCAUCAAGAUUUUCCACCGGGACGGAAAGUACGGCUUCUCGGACCCGCUGACCUUCAGCUCGGUGGUGGAGCUCAUCAACCACUACCGCAACGAGUCCCUGGCGCAGUACAACCCCAAGCUGGACGUCAAGCUGCUCUACCCGGUCUCCAAGCACCAGCAGGAUCAGGUGGUGAAGGAGGACAACAUCGAGGCCGUGGGCAGGAAGUUGUGUGAGUACCACCAGCAGUACCAGGAGAAGAACAAGGAGUACGAUCGACUCUACGAGGAAUACACCAGAACCUCACAGGAGAUCCAGAUGAAGAGGACCGCCAUCGAGGCCUUCAACGAGACCAUCAAGAUCUUCGAGGAGCAAUGUCAGACGCAGGAGCGCUACAGCAAAGAGUACAUCGAGAAGUUCAGGAGGGAAGGAAACGACAAGGAGAUCCAGAGGAUCGUGGGGAACUACGAGAAGCUGAAGUCCAGGAUCAGCGAGAUCGUGGACAGCAAAAGCCGCCUGGAGGAGGACUUGAAGAAGCAGGCGGCAGACUACCGAGAGAUCGACAAGAGGAUGAACAGCAUCAAGCCCGACCUCAUUCAGCUGCGCAAGACCAGAGACCAGUACCUCAUGUGGUUGACGCAGAAAGGAGUCCGACAGAAGAAACUGAACGAGUGGCUCGGCAUCAAGAACGACAACAUCGAAGACCAAUACUCCAUGGUGGACGACGACGAGGACCUUCCUCACCACGACGAGCGCUCCUGGAAGCUGGGCAACAUGAAGCGUGUGCAGGCCGAGGCGCUGCUGCAGAGCAAGCGAGACGGAACAUUCCUGGUGCGGGAGAGCAGCAAGGCAGGAUGCUACGCCUGCAGCGUGGUCGUGGACGGCGAGGUGAAGCACUGCGUCAUCAACAAGACGCCGUCCGGCUACGGUUUUGCCGAGCCGUACAACCUGUACGGCUCCCUGAAAGAACUGGUGCUGCACUACCAGCACACGUCUCUGGUGCAGCACAACGACUCUCUGAAUGUCACGCUGGCUUACCCCGUCUACGCUCAGCAGAAGCGAUGAACGUUUGCACAAAGGCACGCCAGAAAGGGCGCACCGAGGUACACGUCACUGGACUCGCGCGCCGUAGAUGCGGCGCCGCUUUGUCGGGGGGGAAACCUUUGACUUCCUGCCGCCGCCGCCGCCGGCGUGAAUGUACAUUUUUGAAGGCGAGAGUAGAGA